UCAAAACUUACAAAAUCAAUAAAUAAUGAGGCUAAUGAGACUAAUGUAACUGCAACUAAUGAGACUAAUGUGACUGCAACUAAUGAGACUAAUGUUACUGCAAAUAAUGACACUGCAAAAAAAGUUCAAAGAAAAAGUUUUAUUGAAAAGUUGGUCAGUUUUAUAAGUCCUACAAAAGAAAAUUCGAAUUCAAAUGAUGAUACCAAUACCGAUGAUUCUUCCAAAAGUAAAUCUGUUGAUACUUCUAAUGUUAUAUCCGAAAAUGUUAAUGUUGACGUAACUAAAAGUAAGGCUGAAAAUGAUCAACAUUUAACGGAACAAUUACAACAUUUAGAUGACUAUGUAAAAUCUUAUGAUCUUUUGAAUCCAAGAUAUAAUCCUGCGCAUUUUGAAGAGUUAUUAUCUGAACAUUUUAAAGAUAUUAAACUCAAGGAUACUGCAAACAAUGUGGGUGUAAUCAUUACUGCUUUUAAUAUCUCCACCUGUGAACGCACUUUUUUUACAAAUCUAAACAAUAAGAAUGAUGAUGUUUUCAUGAAAGAUGUUAUACGCGCAAGUGCUUCUGCUCCUACUUAUUUUCCUGCCAAAGAAAUAUCUUCUAAAUAUUUUGUAGAUGGUGGUGUUUUUAUGAAUAAUCCAACCGCUAGAGCAUAUCUCGAAGCAAGGAGAGCGUCUCCAAAUUCGAAAUUUGUGAUUGUUUCCCUUGGUACCGGUCACUACCCAAUAACUUUAGAGAAUCAUAAAAAUGCCGGUGUUAUUCAAUGGGUCUCUCCCUUAAUUAACCUUUUGAUGAAUAAUGAACUUGGAAAUCAUGAUGAUUCUAUGAAAAUUUUGGCUGAAUUGGAUGGUGCAAAAUACUAUAGAAUUCAACCCACAUUAAAGGAAGACAUAACUUUAGCUGACACCGCUGAUGAAUCUGUUCAAAAACUUAUUUCAGUAAGCGAUGAGGUUGUAAAAGAUUCUAAUUUUAG